GCAUACAAAAUAAAUGAAAAGUACACAUAAAAAACUUCCUUGUUGACGCCGCAAGAAAAUCUUUUCGGUCAGUCGAGAAGAGCCAACAAGAAUGGCCCGAGUGGUUCUCCUCUUUCUCGUUACUGCAGCCUUUGCCGCAGGUCAGCCUGGUUUUCCUAAUUGUGUGACCGAGUUGAGCACAAAUAUCAGUUGCGAUAGUUCCAAUUCCAACCAAUGUUACUGCGUCUCAAUCAAGAAAAAUAUUAGACUGGAAUGCGUCAAUGAAAAACUUGAAGUUUUUAAUACUGCUUGUGGCAUACCACACUGCCCCCACGAGAUUUCACCAUCUUGUAACAAAGAAGCUUACUUUAAUGUAAAAACCUGCAAUGAAUGCCCAGAGGAGUCAAAGUUUAGACUCGAACAGCGAAUGAAGAACAAGUCUUUGCAGACGAAAAUCAAUCAGCAGUCCCUGAGUGAUACUCGGGAAGCAACCGCGGUGUUCAAGAUUGACUGGUUCUGGAUGGCGACAGCCUUUGUGGCUCAGGCUCUUAUCCUGUUCAUCCUGGUUGCCAAGCUUGCUAAGAAAGAGUUGGCUUUAAAAAAAUCUGACAAGGGUGGAAAAAAUCGUGACGACCCAAUUUAUCAAGAGCUGAAUCUUCAGCAUGACGCUGCUCCAGUAGCCAUGUCCAAGACAUUUUUUGAAAACGUCAAAAGCAUGCCAGCAAAUUCUGAAUAUCUCUCUUUGCAUGGAAAUGCUUAAAUAUAAAUUAUAUUCAUAUUAUAAUUGACCAAUUUGUAUUUUCGUUAUAAUUAGUGAUGCAAAUAUUUCAGAAAUAAAUUACAUCAAAAUAAGCUUAUAUGUAUAAGCCUUGUAAAUGAAAAGCUAUUUGAUGAAAAAUAAAUAAUCAAAUAAUUUGGCGCUUUGUG